GAAUCUUCCCUCAAGAUCUUCCUGAAGAUGUUUCUACAGAUGAAGAUGAUGAUGAAUUCAGCAGGGGAAGGCGAAAGAAAAAAGCUGUCAAGCCUUGGGAGAAAAACAAGUUGGAAGAAGUAAAAGAGGAUGCACAAGAGAUGUCAAAUGUGAAGGAAGCAUCAGUUCCCCAGAAGAAGAGGAAAAAAAGGAAGAAGAGGGACAGCCCAAGUGCUGAUUCUGGAACAGCUGAUGGAAACUGUGAGGAGGGAAUAGCUGAAACAUCUGGAUCUAAUGUUUUUAGCCAGGAAAAGGUGCCAGAAAAUAACAAGGAAAGGAAGAAAAAGAAAUUGCUAGUAAAUGAGGCAAAUGAGACCACAAAUGUAGCAACUGACACCAGAGAAAAUCACAGUAUCUCUGCGCAGAACAGUCCGACCGGCACAGAACAGAGUAAAAAGAGUCAGUUGAAGAAAAUGAAUCCAAAAGUGCAAAAUAUUCCUCUAAAACCAGCGUGUCAGAAUGGACCAGCUAAUGCCAAUAAGACAGAGGAUAUCAGCCCAUCUGUCACACCGUUAACUCCUAAGGUUGUGAAAAAGAAACAGAAAGCAGGAGCUGUCUUGGUGAAUGGGGAUGCCCUUUUGCAGCAAACUAACAUGAAAUCCAACAAGGAGGGCUUGCUGGGGACCCUAUCAGGAGAUGCAAACUCUGAAUUUGCACCCUCCAGAAAGGUCAAAUUGAAGACAAAGCUAGUUGGUUUGGAAGGGAUGAAAGUCUCCAGCCAGAAAGCAGCAACCUUGAAAAAGAAGAGAAAAGUAAAAGAGGUGCUAAACUCUGUCGAAGCCAAUGGAGUUCUGGAGACUGCAUGCAAGAAAAGCAGGAAGGGGGAAAGUAGUGCCACUUUAUCAUCCUUAAAGAAAAAGAAAGCAAAACCAGGAAAUGAUUUUGUGAAAUUUGAAAAAUCAACUUUACCAAAGCCAGUAUUCUUCAGGAAAGCCAGAAGCAGCAUCUCUUCCACCAGAGCAUCCAUACAGCUGAACAAGCUGCAGUCGUCCAGCUCCAAAAAAGUCACAUUUGGCUUGAAUAAAAACAUGACUGCUGAAUUUAAGAAGACUGAUAAAAGUAUACUAGUGAGCCCAGAAGGACCCUCCCGUGUGGCUUUCAAUCCUGAGCAGAAACCCCGUCAUGGAGUGCUGAAGUCACCCACAGGUACCCCAGCAGGAGAGCCUCAAAUGAAGAAACCGUUUACUGUAUCAGCUAAGAAGAGAUCAACUCCUGUGGACUUCUUUUAAACCAACAGAUGUGGCCUACUUUUGUACAGGACAUUUUGCUAACCUAGAAUGUUCUCUGGAGGUAUUUUGAAGGUCUUUAUUUUUUUAAGUUAAUAGGAAUUGAAUAUACAAAAUUCUAAUUGUGACCUGGGUCAUCGCUAUUUUGACACCACUUCAGCUAUAUCUUGAAAUACUUGUUUUGUCUAUUUACAGAAAAGAAACAAAAUCC